UAAUAAUCUAAUAAAAUUAUAACUCUGUUCUGCCAAAUUAUUGUUAUUUUUACCAAACUUCUUUUUUCCCGCACAUGCGCGAAUUCCGCGCAAAAAAAGAAGCAAAAAAGCUAAAAAGCGGGGAACCAAAAAAUAGACAAAAACGAAGAGCAAGAACAGUAGCCCCCACAUCGCCUCUCCCCCUCGCACGCACUGCCGCCUGCCCACAGUGCGUGUGUGUGAUUUAACGGAGUCGCGGUCAAGUGUGCACGAUAGAGAGCGUGAGAGAGCCAGUCCGCGACACUGAGAGCGGGUCCCGUUGCUGGAUCCACUUGGAGAAUUCCCUUGGAGCCUUUCCCCCAAAAAAAAAGCCGUAAAGAUGCAGAACUGGGAGCCGACAGCCACGGCCAACUACGAGCAGCACAACGCCUGGUAUAGCAGCAUGUUUGCCGCCAACAUCAAGCAGGAGCCGGGUCACCACCUGGACGGAAACAGCGUGGCCAGCAGUCCCCGCCAGUCACCAUUGCCCUCUCCCCUGGCGGCCAGCAGUCAGCUGGAGCAGUUCCUCAAGCAGCAGCAGCAUCACCAGCAGCAACAGCAGCAACAGCAGCAUCAGUCACACCAGCAACAGCCCAUGGAUACUAUGUGCGCCAUGACGCCCUCGCCCAGCCAGAACGACCAGAACAGCCUGCAACACUUUGAUGCCACACUGCAGCAACAGUUGCUGCAGCAGCAGCAGUACCAGCAGCACUUCCAGGCAGCCCAGCAGCAGCAUCAUCAUCAUCACCACCUGAUGGGUGGCUUCAAUCCGCUGACGCCGCCCGGUCUGCCCACUCCCAUGCAGCAUUUCUAUGGCGGCAACCUGCGUCCAAGCCCACAGCCCACACCCACAACUGGAGCAGUUGCCCCCGUUGCGGUGGCAACCAGCGAGAAGUUGCAAGCCCUCACACCGCCCAUGGAUGUUACGCCGCCCAAGUCGCCGGCCAAGUCCAGCCAGUCAAACAUGGAGCCGGAGAAAGAGCACGACCAGAUGUCCAACUCCAGUGAGGAUAUGAAGUACAUGGCCGAGUCGGAGGAUGAUGAUACCAACAUUCGCAUGCCCAUCUAUAACUCUCAUGGAAAGAUGAAGAACUACAAGUGCAAGACAUGCGGGGUUGUGGCCAUCACCAAGGUAGACUUCUGGGCGCACACCCGCACCCACAUGAAACCAGACAAGAUUCUGCAGUGCUCCAAGUGUCCCUUCGUCACCGAGUUCAAGCACCACCUGGAGUAUCACAUCCGCAAGCACAAGAACCAGAAGCCCUUCCAGUGUGACAAGUGCAGCUACACCUGCGUCAACAAGUCCAUGCUCAACUCGCACCGCAAGUCCCACAGCUCAGUGUACCAGUAUCGCUGCGCCGACUGCGACUAUGCUACCAAGUACUGCCACAGCUUCAAGCUCCAUCUGCGCAAGUAUGGCCACAAGCCCGGCAUGGUCCUCGACGAGGAUGGCACACCCAAUCCCUCGCUGGUGAUCGAUGUCUACGGCACGCGCCGUGGUCCUAAGAGCAAGUCGGGCGGCCCAGUGACCAAUGGCAGUGGCAGCCACAGCCGGAAGCAUCCGAAUGUAGCAGCUGUGGCCCCGCAGCAGCAGCAGCAGCCACAGCAGCCGCAGCAGCAGCCACAGGCAGUGCAGCAGCCUCCACCAGCCACAUCUCAGCUCAGUGCCGCCCUGCAAGGAUUCCCCUUGGCCCAGACCAACUCAGCUCCUGCCCUGGCCUCUCCCGUUCUCCCGCUGCCCGCCUCGCCCGCCAAGAGUGUGACCAGCGUGGAGCAGGCCUCGAGCCUGUCUAGCACGGCGAAUCUCCUGCCACCGCUGGCCAGCUUGCUGCAACAGAAUCGCAACAUGGCCUUCUUCCCCUAUUGGAAUCUCAAUCUGCAGAUGCUGGCCGCCCAGCAGCAGGCCGCCGUCUUGGCCCAGUUGUCGCCGCGAAUGCGAGAGCAACUGCAGCAGAAGCAACAGCAGCAGCACAGCGACAACGAGGAGGAGGAGGAGCAGGACGAUGAGUACGAGCGCAAGUCGGUGGACUCCGCCAUGGAUCUCUCGCAAGGAACACCGGUGAAGGAGGAGGAGCAGCAGCAGCAACAGCAGCAGCAGCAGCAGCCUCUGGUCAUGAAUCUCAAGCUGAAGGAGGAAGAAGCCACACCGCUGAUGAGCAGCUCUAAUGCCUCUCGCCGCAAGGGACGCGUCCUCAAGCUGGACACCUUGCUGCAGCUCAAAUCGGCGGCGAUGACAUCCCCCGAGCAGCUUAAGGUACCAACCAGCGUUAUGCCCACAGCAUCCUCUCCCAUUGCCGGGCACAAGCAGUUGCCCGAGGAGCCCUGCUCGGGCACCAGCUCGGCGGAUGAGUCCAUGGAGACGGCCCAUGUGCCGCAGGCCAAUACCAGUGCCAGUUCCACAGCAUCCAGCUCCGGCAACAGUUCCAACGCCAGCAGCAGCAGCAACAGCAACGGCAACAGCAGCACCAACAGCAAUGCCAGCAGCAACGGAAAUGCGGGUGCAACCAAUCCGGCAUCCGGAACACCGGCGGCGGCGGGGGCCAUCUACGAGUGCAAGUACUGUGAUAUCUUCUUCAAGGACGCCGUGCUCUACACCAUCCACAUGGGCUACCACAGCUGCGACGAUGUGUUCAAGUGCAACAUGUGUGGCGAAAAGUGCGACGGACCCGUCGGCCUCUUCGUCCACAUGGCCCGGAAUGCGCACUCCUAAGUUGCACCGCCACCACCUUGUUAUUAUUAUUUAUCACUAUUAUCAAUAUAAUCGUUGUCCAGAAUUGUAUAUAUGCGUAGACUAAGCCAUUCAAACUAUUUUGUUGUCGAGAAUUGUACAUACCUAAGCCAAAUAAGCCGCUAGCAACUACAAACUCACUAAUCCUAGCCCUUAAGUUUAAAUAUCUAGACUAAUUGUAUCGAAUCGUAGCCACUUUCCAUCUGUAUCUCACUCUAUACUCUCUCUCUUUUCUAUCUCCCUCUCUUGCGUAUUUUCGAAAUCGACUAAAAACCCUGAGAAAGGUUUAAAAAAUUAUCAUCGAUGAUUGGAGAAAGGUAGUCCUAAGUUACGACUAAUUUGUAAGACAAGUCAAGCGAAACAAGCAAACGAAACAAACAGUCCAAAGUCAAAUUAAUAAAAUAUAGUUUUUAACACACA